GGCAGCCCAGGCUCGAGCAACGGCUCGGGCUCCUCCCGGGAGGACUCGGCGCCCGUGGCCACCGCGGCCGCUGCGGGGCAGGUUCAGCAGCAGCAGCAGCAGCAGCAGCAGCGGCGCCACCAGCAGGGAAAAGUGACAGUGAAAUACGAUCGUAAGGAGCUUCGGAAGCGGCUAGUGCUGGAGGAGUGGAUCGUGGAGCAGCUGGGACAGCUGUACGGCUGCGAGGAAGAAGAAAUGCCAGAUGUGGAAAUUGACAUUGAUGAUCUUCUUGAUGCAGACAGCGAAGAAGAGAGAGCUUUAAAGUUACAGGAAGCUCUCGUAGACUGCUACAAACCAACAGAGGAAUUUAUUAAGGAGCUGCUCUCUCGGAUAAGAGGCAUGAGGAAACUGAGCCCCCCGCAGAAGAAGACUGUGUAAUUCUGGCACAGGUGGAACUUCCCUGGAGACCGAGGAGGGGAUUUGGUCUUCAUGAAGACGUUUAUUAAAGAAUAGUUGUCCUUGUGAGCAACUAUUUUGGGGGAGGGGGGUGGUAUCUAUUAGACAUUUAUUCAAGAGCAUUUUUUGUUUGUUUGUUUUAAAAGAUUUUGUUAGUGUAAUAUUUGAAUUGCAAAGAUAUCAUUACUCUGGUUUCAGCCCAACCGAAAAUUACCAAACCAGGCAGACACGCAAGGAUGGGCUGGUCCAGGCAGCAUCUUUUUGGAGAAAUCAGAUGUUUAGAACUUAACUAUACAGGGAUGACGGUUUUCUUACAACUAGCUUGGUAAUACUUUUUUCUUAAGUUGUACAUUUGACUCAGAUGUUGAAUUUCUCGUACUUGUAUAUAUCUACACGCAACUAAGUUAAAAUGUAGAUGUGAGUUUUAUUUCACACGAGUGGAAUAAACUUGUGGUCAUCCUUUCAUUGGAGGUCACAGCACGUGUGUUUUCAAGAGGCCACUAGGUAUUCUUCAUGCAAAUACUGUUGACCUUCAACGUUCACUUAAUGCACCAAAGUGAAAGAAUUCAGUGUAUCCGUUAUUUUAAUGAGCUACACUACAAAAAUGUGGACUUGGUCAAGGGCUUAAUGUAUGGACUUUGUAUUAUUUCAUUAAUCAGGAUGCUUUGCCAGGUCAUGUACUUAUUGCCUUGUUUGUGGUAUUUUAAAGUUUUAUGAACCUUUUAUUUGAAGAACUAUUUGGAUUUCUAGAGAAACGCCCACGCUAUCUGAGUGCUGUUUUGCGGUGGAACAAGGAAGCACCGUGUAGCAAUUCAUUCUCUGCUUUCAGCCAAAUACUGUGUAUUAUUCUCUCUCCAUGAAAGCAGGUCAGAAGGAAGUUAGUGGAGGAUGUAUUCUUCCUCCGUAGAAGUAGAUCUGGUCACUUCUGUGUCUGGGCAGCAUCAGAUCAGAACAGAUGAGCUGAGUGAUGGGUGGGUGUAAAUGGGAGAAAGCUUCACCUCCUCCCAAGAAAGCUGAUACAGGAGCAUUUGCUGUUUGGAAGCGGAAGCAUGAUGGCGAUUUCAUUGCCAGCUUCCCUCUGUGGCGUGUGGUCAGGACUCUGGCUUCUGGACCUAAUUUUGCACCCCAUCCCCUUGUUUGGAGCUGAGCCUGGGGCACCUGCCCUGCCCCUCUCAGCUGUCUACCGGCUCCUUGGAGAAGGAUCAGAGUUCAGAUGGAUGUGGGCGGGGUCAAAGGGCAGGGUAGAAACUCAUCCUUCCCUCUGGGAGGCCCCCACUGCCUCCCUGCGGAAACCCCACAUACUGCAAGGUGUCUCCAGGUGGCCCUGUCGGAGCACAAGGGUCAGGCAUUUUAUAUCAAGGGUGCUUUGAACAUAUUUUAUUUUUUCAAAGAACUAUGUUUGUGAAUUUUAUGUAUACUGGCAAGCUUUUGAAAAUGUAUUUAAUUUUGUAAUGUUUACCAAUGAUUUAUUUACAUGCUAUUUACUCAAAUAAAUGGAGCUGCUUACAA